AUGGAGUUGUUCAACAAGUUGCAAUUCCAUGAGAUGAACAACGUGGAUGUGUCCAAAUCAAUUGAACAAAGUGAAGUCAAGGCAAUUGCUCUAAAGGCCGAACCAAGCAAGAAGAAUGAGUCAAAAGAGAAGAACUCAAAGUCAAAGAAGAAGGAAGAUUCAAGUGACAAUGAUAGCACCGAUGAAGGGACCGCCAUGAUGGUGAAGAAUUUCAAGAAGUUCAUGAAGAGAAGAGGUGACAAGAAGCCGGUUCACCAAAGAAGAUGUUAUGAGUGCGGUGAGAAAGGUCACUAUAUCGCCGAUUGUCCUCACAAGAAAAAAGAUAAGGAGGACAAUAAGUCAAAAGACAAGUACCAUGAUAAAGAGAAGAAGUACAAGGAGAAGAGCAAGGAAUACAAGAAGAAACAUGGCAAUGCUCAUGUUGGUGAAGGUUGGGAGUCAAGUGAUGACUCCGACAAAGAAGAAGUAGCAACUCUUGCUAUUCAAGCCCCUACACCAACUCAAAGACUCUUCAACAACUACUCCGAAAGUGAUGAUGAAUUUCUCAUUUGCCUUAUGGCUCAAGGGACCAAGGUGUUAAAUGCUUCCGCUCCUCCAUCAUCUACUCCCUCAACAUCUAGUGACAUAGAAAAUAAUCUAGAUGAAGAGGAGGUCAAACUAGAAAGAAAUAUGAUAAAUGAGUUUGGCAAAAAGGGCUAUAAACAAAUUAAAAAACUAAUGGAGAAAUUGGAAAAGAGAAAAGAGACUCUCGAGAGGCAAGAAGACUUGCUUAUCCUUGAAAAGGAAAGAAAAUCUUGCCCUUAA